CUCCGGCCGCCGCCAAGUGCGCCCGCCUGGCCGUCGAUUACACCGCCGCCGCCGCCGUCCCUCAGGAUUGCCUCAGCGCGCCGGGGUCGCCUUGCGCACCGGUUCCGCCCGGCGAAGCUUCGCUUGCCAGCGCCCAGGGCCCCAGCUUGGUGGCCGGCUACCUUUUGCUGCCCUUGCUCGACCGGGAGCACGUUUCGAGGGCGCUCGACAUCAACACCGGCCGGGAGCUGCGUUGCAAGGUCUUCCCUCUCAAACACUACCAGGACAAAAUCAGGCCUUACAUCCAGUUACCAUCACAUCGAAACAUCACUGGGAUUGUGGAGGUCAUCCUCGGAGAAACGAAGGCAUAUGUCUUUUUCGACAAGGACUUUGGUGACAUGCAUUCCUACGUUAGGAGCUGCAAGCGUCUGCCGGAGCAGGAAGCCGCUAGACUCUUCAAACAGAUUGUGUCUGCAGUCGCUCACUGCCACCAGUCUGCCAUUGUGCUGGGGGACCUCAAACUCAGGAAAUUUGUGUUCUCUAAUGAAGAAAGGAUGCAGCUGAGACUCGAAAGCCUGGAAGAUACCCACAUCAUGAAAGGAGAGGACGACGCAUUGUCGGACAAACACGGCUGCCCGGCGUACGUCAGUCCAGAAAUCUUAAACACAACGGGAACCUAUUCCGGGAAGUCGGCUGACGUUUGGAGCUUGGGAGUUAUGCUGUACACUCUCCUAGUGGGACGGUAUCCCUUUCAUGACUCAGAUCCUACCGCCCUCUUUUCCAAAAUCCGGCGUGGACAGUUCUGCAUACCGGAUCACGUUUCUCCCAAAGCACGGUGUCUCAUCCGCAGCCUCCUUAGGCGAGAACCCUCUGAAAGACUCACCGCGCCGGAAAUUUUGCUCCAUCCUUGGUUCAACGCCGUUUUGGAAUCUGGGUACGCUGACCAGGAUGUACGAAUCUCUGAUCAAGUGGUCCCGGAGCAACUGAAGGAGGACGAUGAUAUGAGCCUCUUCUUUUGCUAGCUCCACCUACUCAACUUUGCCUCGGGGACAAGAGAUGUCGCUCUUGCGUGUCAGCGUUUUUGUGUCCGUUUUUGUGUCGGGGUCCAUCUUGUAGAUGCAUCGCUUUCCAAAAGCCUUCUUCCACUCAGGACCAUUGAGAUCUCAAAUGCACUUAACCCACAAGGUGGAAGGCCUCUUUAUCUUCUCCCACGUCCUCGAAAGUUUGAAAUCUUGGCUUGCUAAAUCUACGGAUUCUCCCUUGGUGUCGAGGGGGGGACUGCCAUCCAUCCGGUGCAAGCAUGCUGAACGUUUGAACUAGAAUCUGGAGAAAACAGCAAGCUAAUGUUGGAUUUCAUUGGAAAAAUCAGAUUGCUUUAGCUGGAAUUUGCAAUACAGCUAGUCCUCGACUUACAGCCAUCCAUUUAGUGACCGUUUAUAAAGUUACAACAGCACUGGGGGGAAAAAGCGACUUAUGACCAGUUGUCCCACUUACAACCAUGACACCAUUUCCCCACGAUCACGGGAUCAAAAUUUGGGCACUUGACAACCGGCAUAUGAUGGUUGCAGCAUUAUGUGGGUCACCAUUUGUGAACUUCCCAGCCAAACAAAGUAAAUUGAGCGGGGGGGGGAGCUGGAUUGGCUUAACAACCGCCUAAUUCACUUAACAACCUCAGUGAUUCAUUUAACGAGCAGGUUGUAAAAUGGGGUGUAAGUCACUUAAACAACCACCUUGCUUAGUUCGCAGUGGAAAUUUUGGUUUUUGGUUGUGGUCGUAAAUUGAGGACUUCCUGUAUAAAUGUUGCAGCCUCUUGUUGCUUUCCUUCUUUUCUUCCGCUUAAUAGAAAAGAGCUUUUGAGAGCUCCCUGUGCCUAUUCAUAUCCACAUGGCCUGUCUUCGCUGCCCAGUUUACUAUUACAGCAAUGGUAGAAGUGCCAGAGGAUUCUCCUGCCUCCCAUCCAUCAUGCAGAUGACAGGAUCACCAGCUGGCCUUUGAUUACAGAAUCUUUUUGCUGGUGAUGUAAGAGCGAAAUGCAGUUGUGGUUCUUACGAAGCCGGGCAGGACUAGGGGAUGAUCCCAGUGCUAGAACGAUGGAUUGGCAUUUAAAAAAAAAAAAAGGAAGUGUGGAAUAGGAGUCUGACAACGAUUUCUAACAAUUCUUUUCCCUCGCGUGGCUCUCGUAUCCUUCAGGGUAGAGUCCAGCGGUUGUUUUUUGUUGGUUUCUUAGACAAGAGAAAGUCCAACUUGAACGUUUUCGACCUUCAAGGCGACAGGCUGGGUAUCCAGGUCUUGCAAAACCUGUUGAUCUUAGAGGCUCUAUAGCCUUUUGAACAGCUGGAUUUUACAGUUUGAAACCCAACUUGGUUAAUCCAGAUUUAAGGCUGCCGCUUAGCCUUUCAGCAGAGCUUUUGUUGAAGGGACAAAUCCGGCAGCUAAUCUUUUGUUAUUUUGACCCGCAGGAGCCUUGAUA